CGCCUUGUUUGCUUUCUUCAGGGCGCGCGGCUUGUGCUGUUCCUUUGACGCUGCACGCGUUCGAAGCUACGGGAAGCGUGGAAGGCAGCCUGUUCCCCAGUUGACGUAGUCCUGCAGUGAGCCAUUUGAUGGUCUCCAGGCCGCGGCCGUCCAUACAAGAAGUGGGAUCUUAGAAGAGAAGUGCAGCUACUUGUGAGGCAGAGGGAGAGAGAGAGAGAGAAGAGUUUUCCACGGAGCAUGACCUCCGCCAGAGAGGACCACAUAGGCGAGAGACUGGCCCACGUUAAACAAGAGAACUGUGAGUGGGGUGCACUGGAGGGUUUGUGCGUGAAGGUGGAGGACUGCGAGGAAAGGGUUUCCGUUUUUAAAGAGGAGGAGUGCAAGGAGGAGAGCGUCGAGGUCAAAGUUGAGGAUCUGGAAGAUGUCUCAGUGGGGCUCGAGUUUCAAAAGCAUGGAGCUGGGCAUCCUUUCAAGGUCAGUGUCUACGAAAAUCCUCAGGACCGCGUACAGACCUGGGUCACGAAUACGGGACGACUGGCAACCCAACAGAAUGCGGUUGAAGUGAAAUGUGAAAUGUCUGAGCUUGAAGAGGACGCGAAUGAAGGAAAUGCGACAGGAGGAGGAGAGGAGCAGCGGCGGCCGUCUUGGGGACCUGGAAUGAAUUUACAAGACAAGGGCAGAUUCUCCUCAUCUUCAUUUGCUGAGACUUCUCUUCAGUGCCCACUGCAAUCCAAACAGGCCAAUGACCGGAUGGUGAAAUCUAUGAGUGGAUCGGAGGGUUCGACCUUGGCGUCUUUCCGGUGCAGUACUCCUCCUGCUACCAGGCUAAAGCAGUCAGAAGCUGCCAAUGCUGAUCAACAAGUGUAUCAACACGUCCAGAUUCACCCUGGAGAGAAACCUUACUGUUGUCUGGUGUGUGGCAAACCAUAUUCGAGCAGUAGUGGCCUUCGUAAGCAUAAAAGAAGUCACAAAGGUGCAAAGCCUCACGUCUGUUCAGAAUGUGGCAAGUGUUUCACAGACGGCCGGAGUCUCAGUAGCCACAUGACCGUUCACACGGGAGAGAAACCCCAUUGCUGUCCAAAGUGUGGUAAGCGAUUCUCACAGAUACGCAGUCUUCAGAUUCACACACGCAUCCACACUGGAGAAAAACCUUACUGUUGUUCUGUAUGUGGGAAGAAAUUCUACGACAGGAGCAGUCUGCAGAAGCACACCCGCGUUCAUACCGGAGAGAAGCCAUAUUGCUGUUCCGAGUGUGGCAAACGGUUCUCCGACAGCAGCUUUUUCCGGAAGCACACACGAAUCCACACGGGGGAGAAGCCGUACUGCUGUUGCGAGUGUGGCAAAAGGUUCUCAGACUGCAGCGUUUUUCGGAAGCACACACGGAUUCACACCGGAGAGAAGCCGUAUUGCUGUUCCGAGUGUGGCAAACGAUUCACCGACGGUAGUGUUUUCCGGAAGCACACACAGAUUCAUACUGGUUUGAAGCCUCCAAGCCAGGGCUGUUCAUGUGAGAAGCGAAUCCUAGAGGAGGAAGUGAAGAAGAGUUUUUCCACACAAAGCAUGGCCGCCUCGGCCAAGGAUGACGCAGCCUACGAAAGAGUGGCGCCCAUUAAAGAAGAGGACUGUGAGUGGGGCGGCGUGAAGCCGGAGGUCUGUGAACGAAGAAUUUCGGCUUUUAAAGAGGAGGAGUGCCGGGGGGAGAUUGUGGAGAUUAAAAUCGAGGAUUCCAAGGAUUUCUGGCAAAGACAAGAAACCGGGAAUAAUCUGAAGCAAGACGUCGGUGGAGAAUGGCUUUCCAGUUUACCACCCUGGUCUACUACCCAGCAGACUCCUGUGAAACUGAAAUGUGAGUUUGAAGGCGAAGUCAUUGAAGGAAGCGGGAGAGAAGAUGAAGACGAAGAGCAGCGGUCAUCUAGGAGUGGCAGAAUAAAUUUACAGGAGAAUGGCAGCUUGUCCUCAUUUGCUCAGACCCCGUGCCAGCGUCGAUUGCAACAGAAACUGGACAAAAAGAAGACAAAGAAGUCAACCAGAGGAUCAGAGAGUUGGGCCGUAUCUUCUUUCCAGUGUAAUUCGUCUUCAGCACAGACAGAACCCAUCACUACUGAUCAGCAACAAGCAUGUUCUCUAGAGGAAGAGGCUUUAUAUGCUGGCCAAGAGUACAAAACAACAUUCAAAAACAAAUCUGACAGUAAAAAUGACCAAAAUUCGAUUCAGCCAAGGCCAAAGUGCUAUGCCUGUUCUGAAUGUGGCAAGCAAUUUUCACACAGCAACAGUUUUCAAAGACACAAAAGAAUCCACACUAGAGAAAAACCCCAUUGCUGUCUAGAAUGUGGCAAAGGAUUCUCACAAAUUAGCAGUCUCCAGAGCCACACUAGAAUCCACACUGGUGAAAAACCUUAUUGUUGCUUACAAUGUGACAAGCAAUUUUCAGUCAGUAGCAGUCUGCAGAGACAUGUAAGAAUUCACAGUCCAGAAAAGUCUUAUAGCUGCCCGGAAUGUGGCAAACAAUUCUCUGAGAAUAGCGCUCUUCAACAGCACAUACGAAUUCAUGUAGGAGAGAAGCCAUAUGGCUGUUCUGAAUGUGGCAAAAGAUUCUCCCAUAACAGCAGUCUUCAGAAACACAUAACGAUUCAUACUGGACACAAACCUCACUGCUGUUUUGAAUGUGGCAAAAGAUUUUCCUAUAACAGCAGUCUUCAGAAACAUGCUAAAAUUCACACUGGUGAAAAACCACAUUGCUGCUCUGAAUGUGGGAAAAGAUUCUUACUAAUUUUCCAACUUCAACGACACAGCAGAAUUCACACCGGAGAGAAACCUUACUGUUGUCCUGAAUGUGGUAAACGAUUCUCACACAGCAGUGGCCUUCAUAGUCAUAAAAGAAUUCACACUGGCGAGAAGCCUCAUUGUUGUUCUGAAUGUGGCAAGCGUUUCUCAGACAACAGGUGUCUCGAUAGACACAUGAGCAUUCACACCGGCGAAAAACCCCAUUGCUGUUCUGAGUGUGGCAAGCGAUUCUCGCAAAAAAGCAGUCUUCAGAUCCACACCAGAAUCCACACUGGAGAAAAACCCCAUUGUUGUUCUGAGUGUGGCAAACGGUUCUCGCAAAAAAGCAGUCUUCAGAUCCAUAUAAGAAUUCACACUGGAGAAAAGCCAUAUGGCUGUUCUGACUGUGGCAAGCGAUUCUCCGAUGGUAGCAGUCUUCAGAAGCACACACGAAUUCAUACAGGAGAGAAGCCCUAUUCCUGUUCAGUGUGUGGCAAACGAUUUUCACAAAUAAGCAGUGUUCAGAGACACUCAGAAAUUCACACGGGGGAGAAACAACGUUGUUGUUCUGAAUGUAGGAAAAGAUUCUUAUAAAUAUGCCAACUUCACACCUUAUUGCUGUCUACAAUGGAAGCAAUGAUUCCUCGACAGUCACAGUCUUCAAAAGCACACGCAAAUGUGCUUGGGGAGAAAUCAGUCUGAAAGGGUUAUUUUUGUUGUUGUUUUCAUGGUCACUUCAGACUUUAUCAUCUUAUGUACCGUGAAGGUUUUGGUGCUGUUUUAUAAUAAUAAUUUACCCUGAACCAACUUCCAUCUCUGCUACCAUGGCCUUGGUCAUAAAACCACUAGUGAGGGAUCACCUCACAUUUGGAAGUUCCGGAUUACUGUUCUGUAGAUGGCCGUAUCAAAAGGACAACUGUUGGGCUAACAGAAAUUCAGUUACAGUGGGACCUCAAAUGGUUUUGUUAUUUGUUGGAUAAUAUAACAGGGUGAGUGGCUGCCGUCGAAGGUCCUCUGAUUCUGCUGAGUAUCGGAGGACUCUUCAGGAUAACGUCAGGUCCUCGAUUCCUCAUCUGGCAUUGAAAUAGAUUUGGGUUACACAUCAAGACGAUAAACUGAAACACACCAACAAACAGUGAAAGGAAAGAAAGUUGGAUUGGAGGAUUGGCCAAAACAAACCCUGCUGAGAAACCUAAGUGACUAUUUCAUGCUUGAAAAUCCCAAAAGUGCUACUAAGUUGAAGGAGUUCUGCAGGACAAGCGAGUUACCAUCUCUCCAUAGUUUUGUGAGAGACAAGAAACUGGGGGGGGGGGCAUUUAAUUUUUCACAUUUGAUAAAGCAUAACUUCCUUUAAUAAAUUAAUAAAAUGUUGGUUAACAGCUUGUGUUUAUGUGUGCACAUCAGCUCCUUUUAUUUAGGGUUUCGCUGCACAUCUGAAAACAUGAAUUACAAAAAUAUCGAACAGUAAUAAAAUUUGGAUGGGAAACGCACUUUCUCACUGCCCUCUAUAAAUCUGUGUAUGAAUGUACCCUCAUAGGAGCCACCAUCCAUCCUAUAUUAUAAGGGAAUACAUGAAGAGGGUGAGUUUAUAUUAUUGUCCUGAAUGUGGUAAGCGAUUCUCACAGAUAAGGGGAAAAAAAAAAUCAGAGCCCCUCAAGAAUUUACCACAGCAAAGAAACCUCACUGCUGUUCUGAAUGUGUCAAAAGGUAUCCCUGAG